AUGGAAAAAUCAAAUAACUUGACGUUGGAAGGAAGUCUAACAUGGAGUAAUGAUAUGUUCAGUCCGGAACUACAAGCUGCCAUCAAUGAUAUCAUUCCAAGUCAAGAUCCAAUCGAUAGACAUGAUUUCAAUCCUGUAAAAUAUAUUAAUGAUAACUUUACAAAUGAACAAUCACUUGUACAUAUUGAUGCACAUAUGAAUAAGCUUAGAUUAAAGAUUCACAAGAUUGAUGAAGAGAUUGUACAGGAGGUUAGAAUGCAGAGCAGCACCGGUAGCAAAGGAAAAGAAGAUCUAGAGAAUGCUAAACGAUCCAUUAAUGAAUUGCUAACAAAGAUUGCAGAUAUCAAGACAAAAGCAAUCAAAUCAGAACAGAUGGUAACUGAGAUCUGCAAGGAUAUCAAAUCAUUGGAUUUCGCAAAGAAGAAUCUUACUGCUGCCAUCACAACAUUAAAGAGAUUACAUAUGAUGGUUAUGGGUGUUGAACAACUUAAUGAAAUGGUUGAGAAGAAACAAUAUGCAACUGUAGCAAGAUUGUUGGAAGCAACUGCAGAGUUUGCUCAAGGAUUCAAAGACUAUAGAGAUUCACCAAAGAUUGCUUCACUCAACAGAGAACUCGAGAGAAUUAGAUCAAGUGUAAAAGAGAAGAUUUAUGAAGAUUUCAAGAGUUAUGUACCAAGUAAUCAAGUUGAUGGUGAGAAUAAGUGGGCUAGUGCAUGUUUGGUUAUAGAUGCACUGGGUGGAGAGACAAAGAAGGAUUUCAUGAGAUGGCUGUGUGAUAUUCAUUUACAAGCAUACAAACGUGCAUUCUCAUCACACGAAGAACAUUCACAACUCAAGGAUAUCAAACGUAGAUUCAAAUGGUUGGUCAAAGAACUUAAUACAUUCAAAGAGGAGUAUACCGGUAUCUUCCCACCCGAAUGGAAGAUGGAAGAGAAUAUUGCCUAUGAAUUCUGUUGUAUUACAAAAUUGGCAGUACAAGAUAUUCUAAUGAAAACAAAGAAUGAGUUGGAUAUCAAUGUAUUGUUGAAUGCAUUGAAUAAGACUUUGGAGUUUGAAAAGGAGAUGGUCAAUGCUUUCGCACAAUCGGCAGUCUAUAGGAACUCGGCGAAUGUAUCACCGAUUCAAUCACCACAGGAUCCAGACAUGGUGGUUGACGAUGAGGAUCGCGGUGAUAACUCGGUGGCAGCAAUCAACAGACGUUGGAACCAGAGACGUCAGAAAUUGGAUGAUAAUGAAUCUGGAAAUGCUAAUGGCGGUGCAGGUGCCAACAACAACAACAACAACAACAACAACGGCUCGCCAAAGGUACAACCACAGGACAAGGGUUACGAAAGAUUCAAGGGAAUCAUUUCAUCGAGCUUCGAUCCAUACAUGGAUCUAUACAUUCAAGAGGAGGACAAAAAGAUGGAUGAAGCAAUCACCAGACUCGUCAGUGAAGAGAAAUGGGCACUCGAGGAGGAUGCCACCAACAAAGUACUUUCCAGUGGAACCGAUCUUGUACAAUACUUUAGAAAAGCAAUGGAGAGAUGCUCAAUACUCAGUAGAGGUGAACCAUUCUCUUCACUCUAUGGUCUAUUUAAGAAGUAUCUUAUUAAAUAUGCUGCAAUAUUAUCAUCAAAGAUUUCAAGUGAUGUUGGUAGACCACAUGAACAUCAAGAAGAUGUUGUUAUUUGUUUGAUUAUCAAUACAUCAGAGUACUUUAGUAAGACUAUUCCACAGAUUUCGGACAAGUUCAAAAAGUUGAUCAUUGAACGAUACAAGGAGAUGAUCGAUUUCAACAAUGAGAAGAACGAGUAUUCCGGUGUCAUUGGAAAGGGUGUAAAGUCACUGGUGUACGGUAUCGAAGCUAAACUCGAACCACACUUACAUACUAUGACCAAAUUGGAUUGGGGUGACAAAGACGUAAAGAUCAGUGAUCAUUCGCCAUACGUCGAAUCAAUCAAUUCUAUCAUCAAUGAAAGUGCCAAGUUGGAAGCAGAGUUACUAUCGACCAAUCACUACAAAUAUUUCUGUGAUCUAUUUGCAGCAUCAUUCAUUUUAAGAAUAACACAGAAUAUAUACAAAUGUCAUCGUAUUUCAGAUACAGGUGCACAUGCAUUGCUGUUGGAUAUCUCUACGAUCAAGAAGUGUUUGCUCGAUCUACCCACUAAGAUUCCCGACGGUAGCAGUAAUCGUUUUACAAAGUUUGUCAACACCGAAUUUGGAAAGGCAGAAGCUAUUCUCAAGGUUAUAGGAUCCGAUGAGAAGUCAAUCGUCGAAACCUACAAUAGCUUCAGUGAUAGAUUCGGUGGUUCCGAUGCCGAUUUCCAAAAGAUUCUAGAUUUGAAGGGUGUCAAAGUCGGUGAUAAAACAGAGUUGGUUGAGAAAUACUUUAAUAGAAUUGGUAACACCGUAUCAAAUUUCUUGAAAAAACAAUAA